AUGGAAGGAGAUUCUUUAAAAAAUAAAGACUGGGUUGUUGAAGGUUCAUCAGGAUGGGGUUUGUCCUCACCUAGCAAAACUGAUGAGAGAGUGGGCUCCUCUUUGGGGCUGGACUGUGCAAACAGCACAAAUGAAUCCUUCAGUGAACAGUUUGCAUCCUUGCAUGCUUCUCUAAACAGCAGCAUUCUCGGAAGAGAUAUUGCCUUAUCAGGUGACAUGGUCCACACACAAGCCUUUCAGGAAACAAAUCCACUCAGUUACUUGGCUACCAAUAGUCUUUUUUCUCAUGUGUUACCACUGAAUCACACCGGAAUAUCUCCCACCUGUCCAAAUAAUGAAUCUUUGGGAAUCCCAAGUCCUACUGCAGCUUCUCCUCCCUUGAGAUCUCAAGAAGUCAUGUUCUGUCAAAACAGGGAACAGAGUCUAGGGCAGCCGGAACAGCUAAUGAUGCGCCAGAUGGAGCAUUUGCAAAGGCUGGUAUCUGAACAGCAGAAAAUCAUUUCGCUAUAUAACUCAGGUUUUUCAGUUUCCCCUGGAAUCUCACCCCAUCUACUUGCUAUAACGCCAUCCCUUCCAAGAGUGCCUGCUGCUUUAUUUCCUGCUCAGCUCCCUUUGGAGAACACUUUACCAGUUCAGAAUAGUGUAUGCUCACAAGUCACCCCUUUAAUAAUGAAACAUACCUUAUGGCAAGGUGCCACAGGAACUUCAGCAAAUGGCAGCUGUACAGAAGCUUCAAGGGAGCGUCCUGAAUUUCAGGCCACAGAGUCUUGCCUUGAAACUUUGCCUACUAUUAAGGAAGAGAAGGGGGAACAACCAGUUUGUGAACACACAUCCCUUUCUCCCUUUGGAAUAAGAAUAAACACGGGGACUAGAAGUGUUGAUGACAGACCUAUCAGGCCUGGAAUUGGUGUGAGACAGAAAACAUUUGAAGAGUUUAUUGAGGAGCAACUUAAAGUAGAUUCUCAAAGAAUAGAGGAUCACCAGAAGAACUCCUAUGAGACUAAAGUGGCUGCUCGGAAGUCAUUCCUGAAACGUGGGGAAGGCGCAGCAAGGCUUGAAAAAAAUAAAGGGAACAAUGAAAAAGAGCAAACCAAACUUCUCAGGAGAGUCAGCUUUGAUUGCCAAAAUCACUUUGCAGGGCCUGCGCACUGUGAUGCUGGAAAAUUAUUGGGAAAACACUCUCAACUGAAAAAGCAGGUCAGUAGUCCUACGGUGCUGUUCAAGAAAGUCAAAAAUACAAAUUGUAUCACCUCCAAGGAUAUAAAAUGUCAACUUAAUAGACUGGAGCAAAGACCUGAAGAAAGAAAAAGAAGCAGUAACCGUGGUGGCCAUGAUAGUGAAGAAAUGGUAAACAAAAAAGAACCUGAUAUACAAUCUCAGAUUAACUGGGUUGAAUGUUCCCACGAAUGGCAGGAACAAAUAAAGGAAAUCAAGAGACAAGCAACUGAUGAUAUUGACAUAUCAUGUCCUGGUUCCCGAGACCAUUCAGAUGUGGCUAACAAUAGACCCACAGACACUAAAGUUUCAGUGUGGCAUCAGAAGAAUUUGGAGGGCAGUUUAUCCCAGGUAACAGAGGUAACAGAAUGGCCCAUAAAUGCUUCACCGAGUACCUCCGAGCUUCAGAAUUUAGAAGGAAAUCGAACUAAUCUAGCAAAUAAGAACUGCAGGCUUCAGGUUACUCAGGCUGUGAAUGAUGAAAGUUCAGAGAUCAAAGUAGAAAGUGGCCCUGGCUUUAAGAAGGUCAAUGACCGAAUAGUAAAAGUUACUUCUAAGCCAAAUAGAAAACAGGCCGCCACAGUAGUUUGUUCCCAAAGGAAGCAACACUACAGUGCAGGUGCUGCUGACAGAUGGGAAGAAAGUCCUCCUUCUAGUGAUUCAGUCUUCUCAUCUACUGGUAGUGAAGAUGAACCCAAGUCUCAUUGCUCUCUGCACCCUGUAAAGCCCAACAUCCAUAGAGCAACUAAGACAGAACACAACUUGGAUCUUUCUGAUGCUGACUAUGCUACAGAUGAGCCCAGUGAAACUGAAGAUGGAAAAUACCCUGCCAAGAAGUUUGAAGUUCAGGGGUUAGCAGAUCAACAGGAAGCCUCCCUCAUCACAAGCAGCAGUGAUGAGUCUAGUGCUGGAGUUGGCAGCUUGAAAGGUAGAAAGACUCGCUCUCCUCUUAGGAAGUCCCCCUUCCAUCCUACAAAAACUGCAAAAGGUGGAAAAGAACCUGAGACAUGGAGGAAAAGCAGUGCCAGUCACAUUACAGAAUGCAGUUUGCAGCCUUCUACCUUGACAAGGGAUCUUGUGGCCAGCCUCUUUCCUGUUUUCAAGACUAAAGCAAGUGUAGAAGAUGAAAAAGCUGCACUAGAGCAAAUUAAAAAAAGGCCCACUGGCGAGUUGAAGGAAUGGAAAAGAGAAGCGCAAGUACAGCAUCAAGACACCUCUCUGCUAGCUCAGAUGAAAGACGAACAAGCAAAAGCAAUGGAUUUUCUCAGAAGACAAAUAAACCAGAUUGAGGAUAUCCAGCCUCAAAUGUUGCAUAAUCUGGAAGAAGGCAAGAAUGAGGAAGCAAUGGAAUUGCAGGUUAAAAAUGAAGAAUUUAAGAAACAUCUAGUUAAAGAGGAGGGAGAAUCAGUAGAAAUAAAAAUACUAAGGCAGCAAAUAUCAGAGCUACAGGAAGAGAUUAGGAGAAAUGAGUCUCACUGGCAUGCUGCCCAUGGUGAGCUGAGAAGUCGGGUGGAAGCCCUGACCAAGCAGAAUCUGGAGCUUCAAGAUGAGCUCAGAGUUUCUGAGCAUCAAAGGCUGGAGGCUGAAAGAAAACAUGGACCUCUGGAUUUUAUUGAAAGAGGAGCUGAAGUACCGGCAUUACCUCAUUUGGCUCAAAAUCAGCAAAAGAAUUGUGGAAGCAAACUAUUAACUGGGUCUUCUCUGAGUGUGUUUAAGGACACAACCUCAUCUUCAUAUAAGAAAGGCAAAUAUUCUUCAGGUAGUUCAGAAGAUUCAGCUUUUUUAAAUAACCCGAAUGAUGACAUUUUAAACUCCACAUCCUUGAGUAAUGAAGAAAUACAGAAGAAAGAGAAUGCUAGCCUUAUUAGUGCUCACAGAUUUGUGAAGUCCUCUGAGCAAGGGACCCCUGCAAUUAACUCCAGGAGAAAUAGCAUAAUCCCAAGUGGUAGGAAAACACCUGCAGAAAGUCUUCCAACUUUUGAGACCUUUGAAGCAAAGAAUUCCCCUCCAAAGUCAAUACUGUCUAGAAGAGCACCACUAUAUGUGGAAAGUAAGGACGAGGACAUGAAAGAAAAAAUAGAGUAUCCAGAUGGAAAGGUGGAACAGCUGUUGUCUGAUGGACGCAGAAUUACGACUUUCCGCAAUGGCACAAAAAAGGAGAUUAGUGCUGAUAAAAGGACAACUGUUCUUACUUUUUUCAAUGGAGACAUUAAGAAGAUCCUGCCAGAUCAGAGAGUGAUUUACUAUUAUGCAGAUGCCCAGACAACCCACAUCACUUAUCCAAAUGGCAUGGAGGUGCUUCAGUUUCCUAAUCACCAGAUAGAAAAACAUCAUCCUGAUGGUACCAAAGAAAUUGUGUUUUCUGAUCAGACUAUUAAACGACUGUAUGAUGGAGGUCUUGAAGAAACUGUUUUCCCUGAUGGCACAGUUGUUAAAGUAGAAAAGAAUGGUGCUAAAACCAUCUUGUUCAGUAAUGGACAAAAGGAGAUUCACACUGCACAGUUCAAGAGAAGGGAGUAUCCUGAUGGCACUGUGAAGACUGUGUAUGCUAAUGGCAAUCAGAAAACCAAGUAUUCUUCUGGACGGGUUCGAAUCAAGGAUGAGAAGGGGAGCCUCAUACUUGAUCGAAAGUGAUCAGUGUCAUCUUUUGAGAGGUGUUCUUUGUGUAUAAGUCUACAUAGUUCAAAGCAGUUCCUCUCUGAUAUGUGUUGUUGUUACAUUGUGGAUGACAGACUAUGUUUUAAAUACUUGUUUCUUUCUCUGAUUUUCUGUCCCCCUGCAACAAAAUGAUGAAUUAGAUGUAUGACAAUGCACAGAAAUACUGGUGAUAAAUACACAAUUUUCUGUUUAUGGAAUAGAAGGGAAGUGGACUGAACAGGUUGAUGCAGGAAGUCAAGACUCAUUUAUACUGUAAUAUUUUUCUUACAGUCAUGGAGUUAUCUGCUUUGUGGGUGCGUAUUCAAACCCUGUAUGCAUGGGAUACAAGAGCCUAGGGCACGUAUACUGUCGUUUAAUGACAGAGGGCAAUUUUAUUUUUAGACAUAUUUAAGAAAUUAGCAAAACAUUGGAUGAACAAAUCUUAACUAAUUAUUGAUGCAAUAUUACAAUUUAUUUACUUACGUAACACUCAAACAGUGCCUUCCUCUCAAAAUCUAAGAGCAAGAUCUGGCACCUUAAAGACAGGUGUUGCUCUUCAACUGUAGAGCAACAUUGCUACUCACCUGAAACUAUCUCAAAAUCUGGACUCCCACACACCUUCAGAGGGGGAUUGAUUUAUCUUAAUCCCCCUUCAGUUCUACUUGGCUCUUCUCACACUUGUCUUUGACCAGUGCCGGAUCUAGUGUUCCCAGCUCACACGCGCACAAUGUGCACGCACUCCCGGCGCCGCGUGAUGAUGUCACUUUGAGACGUCAUCACGUGGGGUGGGCGUGCCGCCAGCGGAGCAGCGGCAGCAUCAGCGGCUGGGAGGCCGCCUGCACCACUCGCCUGCCCUGCUGAGGGGGUGGCCAGCUUUCCCAACACUCCCUGU